GUAGACGAGUCUUUAAUGAUAGCGUUUAGAUCUUGUGUGUGUGUGUGUGUUUGUGUUUAAGAGUUAAAUCUCCAAACCCCUCCACCCCCUUACCCUGUCAGAGCAUUAGAAGCUGGGUUAAGCCUGCUGCAAAGCUUUGUGGGUAAUGAGAGCUGACAGGUAGAGGGACGCCAGAUGAACCCAGAUCAGGCCAGCAGCACUGUGGGCUGUGUUGUCCUGCUGUCUUCAGACCAGGUCAACGGGACAAUGUGAGACUGGAGAAAAUGUGUAUCCUCCUCCAAAGCAGAUGUAGAGGCUCGCCUGUCCUAGCUGCUCAUGGUAGAGUCAAUCUGUGGGGGAAUUACCUGUGAGGUGACCAAAGCCACUAGUUAUUUGUACAUAAACUGAACACUGAAAGAGAGCUCCUUAUAAAACAAAGUAUAUAGUUAGUGUAUCCAGUUUGACCCUAGUGUUUACUAACCUCCGACUCCAGUCUGUCUGUUGUCUGUCUCCCCACCCUGCCUGGACAGAUGGAUGAAGGCCUCAGCAUUAAUGAGAUCACAGUUCAGGGCUAAUCAGUGGGGAAAGGGUGUAGUCAGCAACUACAACAAAAAGACAUAGAAGAGAGAGCAUGGCUCCGACUGAGGCCACCAGCAGCCAGGUACCGUUUCUCUGUAGUGACAUUCAUAGAUUAUACUCAGACAUUUGAGGGGAAAAGCACUCAAAGACAGAGUCAAACUGCAAAAACCUUGACUUAUUAGUGUCCUGCUUGGAAUAAUAGUCUAUUGUUACUGCAAUGAUUGAUACUGCUCAUAAAGGAAGAGACCUUGCCUAUUGGUUUCCUCUGAUUAACAGCAGAUUUUAAAGUUUCCGUGCUCUUGUUAGCUUUCUGUCUGUCCUUCAGUUUGGACUCCAUAUUUAAAAGUUAUCUACUUCUUGAUGGUUAGAGGAGCCCUCGACUGGAACAAUAGGUGGCGAACUGCAGCAGCAUUGUGUUUGUAGCUGAGCGCAGCCACUGCAGGGUUUGACAUUUCUUUAGCUUUCCAAUCCCUCUCCCUAAUCUCACCUGAGAUGAAAACUAACUUACAUGCCUUGCAGGUCAAUUCUCCUAUCGGUUAAAGCUUGUUCAUCUCCUGCUGUCAGUCCUCACAAAUUGUCCAGUCUGUCCAUCGAGGACCAGGAGGACACUCAGUUUCCUUUCGCCAUGAGGGAUCUGCCUCCCAUCUCUCAGCCUGACGAACAGCACCAGAGAGACCAGGCAGAGGGAACUGGGACAGCACCCAACGGGAGACUCCCCAGCCUUCCCCGGACCCCCUCUCUGCCCCGUCACUGCCCCCUUCCUGGCUCUCCAACAGUCCCUCCCAGACCAAAUCGUGUGAGACCGGGCGCAGUGUUUCAGCCCCAGCCGCUGAGGAGGCAGCUCGUCUCUCAGGUGUCUAUGGACUGUCCGUCUAGCCCGGUCUCGCGUCCACACAGCCCCUGGAGUCGCUUUGACCCCUACGACGCUCCAGAGGAUCAUGACAAGGAGUACGUGGGUUUUGCCACAUUGCCCAACCAGGUUCACAGAAAGACCGUGAAGAAAGGUUUCACAUUUACGCUUAUGGUGGCAGGGGAGUCUGGCCUCGGUAAAUCCACACUAAUCAACAGUUUGUUCCUCACGGACCUCUACAAAGACAGGAAGGUUCCUAAUGCGCAGGAGCGGAUCAAUCAAACAAUCGACAUUGUCAAACACACAGUUAGCAUUGAGGAGAAAGGAAUCAAACUGAGGCUCACCAUCAUAGACACACCAGGGUUUGGAGACGCCAUCAACAACACAGAAAGCUGGAAGCAAAUAGAAGACUACAUUGACCAGCAGUUUGAACAAUACUUCAGAGAUGAGAGCGGGUUGAACAGAAGGAACAUCCAGGACAACAGAGUCCACUGCUGCCUCUACUUCAUCUCUCCAUUUGGCCACGGUCUUCGGCCUCUGGAUGUGGAGUAUAUGAAGGCCCUGCACGAAAAAGUCAACAUAGUUCCCAUUUUGGCCAAAGCUGACAGCCUGACAAAAGCAGAGGUCUACAAAAAGAAGAUGAAGAUCAUAGAGGAGAUCAAGCAGUUUGGGAUCAACAUCUACCAGUUUCCUGACUGUGAUUCAGAUGAGGACGAAGACUUUAAGAGACAGGACCAGAUACUCAAGGACAGCAUCCCGUUUGCAGUAAUUGGGAGUAAUGUUCAGGUGGAGAGUGAAGGGCGCAAGUUCAGGGGUCGUGCUUAUCCCUGGGGUGUGGUAGGAGUGGAGGACCCCGCUCACUCCGACUUCCUGCUGCUGAGAAACAUGCUGGUGAGGACGCACAUGGAGGACCUAAAAGAAGUGACGCAGGACACGCACUAUGAAAACUACAGGGCCCAGUGCAUCCAGAACAUGACGCGCAUGGUGGUGCUGGAGAGGAAGCGCAGUUUGCGUGAGAAGCAUCGAGAGGUGAGCGAGGCAGAUUUUCCUCUGCCGCUGGCCGCCGUUGACACCGAGAGGGAUAGACUCAUCUUUGAGAAGGACGAAGAGCUGAGGAAGAUGCAGGAGGUGCUGGAGAGGAUUCAGGAGCAGAUGGAGCACAGCCAGAGAGGUGGCUGCUGAUCAUCUCCCAUAAUUCUCUGGGAGAGGAGACCAACAAGGAGCGCCCAGGAACACAGAGGAGGCUCUGUUUAUGUAAAAAAAAUAAAGGAAAUCAGCCAUAUUGCAUUCAGCCUUGUCUGAUCGCUGCUCCACAGGACAACUUAAAGUGAGCGAGGAUGGAAUCAUGGUUCUCAAAAGACACACGUUUCUGUGGAGCUACGCACAGAAAGGUUUUUUAAGUAAAUGUAGCUUGCCCGGGUUUGUAAAGGAGCAUCAAGCAUGGCAACUGGCUACUCCAACUCUUGUCUAAAGGAAAAAAAACAUUACACUCAAACUGCAUAUAAAAGACUUGUGCAUGUUUGCUUACAUACAACCAGGAGAAGCAUGUUCCAACCUUAAGCAGUCACAGGCUCAGUGUUGUGUUCAAGAGCACUUCAGUAGGUCACACUGGCUCACAGCUGGAUCGAGUUGCUCUGCUGCUACAAUUAACUACUUUUAAUCCUUUGGUUUUGUUGAUGUGUUCCAGGACGUCUCCUUGAUUAGUAACCUGCGUAGUGAUGUAACACUGCCAUCUAGGGGUCACUUAGUGAUGUUGAUGUUGGUUUUUAAACAUUUAAACUACAUUUUCAUAUUUCCUGUUUACACAUUUUAUGUUUUAUUACUUGUGUGUCACUUUUUUUGUAUUUUUAAUCUCUAAUUUUGCUGUUUCGUAAGGACAAUAAAGUCAAA